CUCAGGGCCUCACCUAGGACCUAGGUACGGUAGUUGCUUCUUCUGCGAUGGUGUCUUGCUUAUUGUGCAUGAGUGCAUGAUUUUUGAGAGCAUUGCCCUGGCAUUGCCCUACCCCAGGCUUUUUGCCCCCUUUGACACGUUUUGUACCUACCUAAUAUAGAUCUUGUUUGCUGUUACCCCUGGAAACAUGGCUGUAGGGACCAGGUUGGCGUUCCUUGCUGCUGCGCUGUCAGUCGCUGCCGCCUUAGCAAAGGGACUGUUUGACAGGAGGCAACGCAAAGAUGUCCUUGGUGACAUUCUGGCACGGAUUGACGUUCUAAGGUCAAGCCCUGAUGCAAGUCAAGAUGACUUGGACUAUGAGUUUCUGUCACUGGCAGCAUACGAAGCCGGUCAAGGUGUGGAGUCUGGAGAGGGAGGUCCUUUCGGAGCUGUCAUUGUCAGGAAUGGGGAUCAAGGAAAAGAAAUUGUGGCGCGCGCUCAUAACAUGGUGAUUGCAACCCAGGACCCGACAUCGCACGCUGAAAUCAUUGCUAUACAGAAAGCCUGCAAAACUUUGAACAAGAUUGAGCUCUCCGACUGCGAGAUCUACUCCUCGUGCGAGCCAUGCCCGAUGUCAUUCGCUGCUAUGUUCCUUGCACGGCUUCCGAGACUUGUGUACGGAGCACAAGCUGAGGCAGCCCACGAUCUUGGUUAUGAUAAAGAUCACAUAGCAGAUGCUAUACGAGGAACGUCCAAGUUUCAGAAGACCACAUGCGUCGUGAAACGAAUAUUGCAUCCAGAAGUAGCAGGGGUCUUCUGGAAACAUCGGAACCAAGUACAAGUUUAUUGACGCAUCUUCCUCUGACCUUUGCUUGCAUGUUCACCCAAUAGCUCCCGGCCAAGUGCAGAUAAUAUUGGGCUGAUUGAUAUCAUGUUAUCUAAUCUGUACCAUCGAAAUCCAG